AAGAAGAAGAAGAAUAAGAGUUUGUUUUGGUUUUGAAAGACGUAUGGAAAUGGAGAUACAAGAUGACUUUUGCCGUUUUUGCAAGCAGAAUAUGAGAAUGGUUGGUUUGCACAAAUACUCAGUCAACAUUUUCGAUAGAUUUGGGAAACUAAGUAUAUCCGAAAGACUUUUUCAUGUUGGCUUGACGGUAGUAAACAGACCAGUGUCGAACAGGAUUUGUCGGCGGUGUGUCACCUUUUUAACAAGACUGGAACGAGAUUUGCCCGUGUAUAGGAGGUGGGUCGAGGAUGAGAAACACGAUGAAGCCUCAACCAGUCCUUCUGAUGAAAGAGACCGCGAGCCCACUCCAUUCAAAACACCAUGGGCGCUGAUAAAGUUGUGCCACAACCCUGCAAGUCCUGGUAGAGCUAAUGUUCGAAGUAAUAUUGCGGAGGGGAUACGAGAGGAGAAAGAAUCGAUGACAACUGUGCAAGACCAGAGUGUGAAAUCAGAGCCUGAUGAUAUUGUGAUAUCCGACACUGCAUUAUUGACCCCACCAGCGACUACGGAAGAAGUCAAAGCAGAAUGUGCUUCAGAAUUAGGGCUCAAUGAGGGAGGAUCAAUCCCGACUGUGCGGAGUGUGGAAUGCAAACCUGGCACUGCUGACAGUUCCUGUCGAAUUUUUCCUCCUGUAAGACACGUAGCCUCCCAGACUGACCCCCCAAAGAUAAAUCGGUCGGCACACAGCUUUCUAUACAAACUCUGCAGAAUCCCUUUCGCAGUAGAGCUACCCAGGUGAAGAUGCCCGGCAGAGAUUGCGGUGUGUGCACAGACACCUUCCCCUUGGACAGUCCACUGCUGCUCCUACAACCAACAUUAGUAAAGAGACCAUCCAAGAGACCUCGGCUCAGCCUUACAGACGAGGAGGAAGGCCCCUCAGAAUCCAGCUUGUCUGUGGUGGUUCAUGAACCAGAGGACUCAACAUGACUCUGGACUGUCGUGGGCUAGCGAUCUCACUUCACCUUCUCAUGGAGAGGAGCAGGUGGAUGACAGAUUAGUGAAUGGGACAAUAAAGACUGCUGAGGACUUGAGCUAGGCACCAAGCCCUCAGCUGCUCCUAACUUGAGGCCACGGAUUCUCCUGUUCAGUCAGUGCUUUAAAAAAGGAGAUGCGUUUGUGGUCUGUCUGGCUGAAGGUUCCCAUGUUUUUCAAUUCCUCUUUUACACGUUACACCAUCAUAUCUUAGUACAAUGUGAUUUCACUUCUACUAAAACUAGACAGAGGUUGAGAAGAAGUUUGGACCACAUCAUCUGCCAAAACCAC